AUGAAAGUGUUUCCGUUAUCGAGUUUUAUUGUUCAAGAAUUAGUGAAUCAAAAUACAAGUCUACUUCAAGAGUUUAUCGGAGUUGAUUAUAAUGAUGAUGAAUUACCGGAGAAUGUGGCAAUAAGAGUAGGGAUGUUAAAUGGAACACCAAAAGGCACUUACACUCUACUCAUCUCUGGCACUAAACAUGUGAUUGAAGGAGCACCGGGUGUAGCUCUUUAUCAUGACAAAAAAAUAACAUUAAUUGACAAAAAGACGAAGAUCGCCUUCUUGGGCGCAUUUAUAAACGGCUCAAAGAAGCCGAACGUUGAGUGGGUGGUUAUCGAAAUUGAUGGACAGAAGAUUGUGAUGUUCUUUACAAAUCAAGCGAUCAAAAGUGGUGAAGAAUUGUUUGUGAAUUAUGGAGAGGAUUAUGUGAUUGAUGAUCCAAUUGUU